AUGGAGAGAAAGGUUGACACCGUCCUCUGUCAGUCAGACCAAGUGAACGUGGUGACUCACUUGCAGAUGGCAACUCAGGACAUAAUGUCCAGUGACGAUGAGAGACCCAUGAGGCCACAGGUGCAGGAAGUGAGGAAGGUGGCCGUAGUAGCUCAGGAGAAGCAGAGGAAGGGGAAAGUUCUUCCAAGACCAGAGAGCCCUGAUGAGGAGACACUCACUAACCGAGAGUGUAGAGGGGCUGUUAGCGAGCAGGCAGGGGCUGGACGGAUUGUCACUCACUCAGUUGGCAGAAUCGGCCGGGGAGGAGAGUGUGUGGACACAGGAGAUGAUCAAAGUGAAGUAGAAUGUCUCAUGAGACUUUUCCGCAGCUUGGUGGGAAGGAUCACUAAAACAUUUGGUAACAUUGGCCUAGAUUGUAACAUGUUUCGAGGGAUCCUGCACAACAUAUUUGGAAUGACUGAUGAUAUACUGAUGGGUAGGGUGUUCUUUGCAUUUGAUGAAGACAAUGAUAACUCCAUAAAUGUUAAAGAGUGGGUUAAAGGGUUAUCAGUGUUUCUUUGAGGGACUUUUGAAAAAAAGCUGACAUUCUGUUUUGAAGUUUAUUAUUUGAAUGGAGAUGGUUACAUUCCUCGAGAGGAAAUAUUUAACAUGUUGAAGAACAGUCUACACCAACAAUCAUCUGAAGAAGAGACUGAGGAAGGAAUAAGAGGGUUGGUAGAUAUAACACUGACAAAAAUGGAUUUUGACAACGUUGGCAAGAUAUCUUUUGCAGACUUUGAAAAAGCAGUGAGAGAAGACAGACUUCUGUUGGAGGUGUUUGGACCAUGUUUAUCAGAGGCAAAGGUACAAUUACCAAUGCCAACAGCCCAGAUUAGAGGGAAAAUUUAA